ACCCAACUGCGGUCAAAAUUUUAACGUUUUGUUUGGAAAAUGGGUUAACUUACUAACUUGGCUGGUAAAAAUUAGAUUUUAGCAACAAAUUUUCACCAACAAGUUUAAAAUGUUGUACAUUUGAGAAUCUAUUGAGAACGUGAAACAAUUCCUGAAAGGAAAAAAGGCAUAAACUUUUCCUUUUUACAUUACCAUGUCCUGCUAAAGAUAUAUAUGUUUAGUAGGCCAAGGUUUUACCAUGAAAUACGUUUUAGUGUUCAAAUUACGUUUCAGUUUUAUUAUAAAACAAAUAGUUUAAUCAACAAAUGACGUCAUAUACAAUGACGUCAUUUUAAGGUUAGGGGCCAACAAUUAACACACAAAAUUUGACCCUAUUCCACCCCGUAUCACUAACAUUGUAGCAACGCGAAAUAAACAUGUCCACAACUCUUUCAAGUCUUUUGUUUGCCAUCGGCCGGUAUUAAGUAAACUCAUGUAAUGUAGGCGGAUUCUUUGGCACAAUUUAGCUUGUAUGCGUAUUGGGUUACCUAUCAUACGAUCACUAUUUAGAUCUUGUGUCGACAACGGCCUGGAAACUAUAGCGUGAGAUUUGUGGAAAAGCACUAUACAGGUCUUUACACUGUCAAUUGGUAACUCGUAUAAGCGGACACAAAAUGUUGAACAUUAGUGUUGUAACGUCUGUCGUUUUAUCGUACACGUGAGGAUAUAGGGCAAGCUAAAAUCAUUUAUUCAUUUGUACAAGGUUGUGUGAUGUAAAAUCAUAAGAGUUGUUAAAUCCAGCGUAUCUGUAUUUGCAAGGAAAUGAAAUGGAAUACACUGUGCUUGUUUUUAGUUGGACUGAUUGUAAGAAAAAGCCAUGCAUUCGAUCAAACAAUGGUGGCUUCAGCAGUUGGCAGAGAGGUAGUUGACGCUACAUUGCAGAAGAUUCACGAGUCUGGAAUAUUUACAUCAGACUACGAAUUUCUUCGAAGGAUUGCAUACGCUGAGACCAAAUUUGGCGCUGCCGGCUUACCUGUUAAUGAACGUGGAGGUCUAUGGCAGAUUGACGACAACAUACAUCAAUUACUCACGACUUCCACUACUGUAACCACACAGCUUGAAGCAAUUAGAAAUACAUUCAACCUGACUACAUUUCUAACAGAUGCAAUUUACGAAACGCCUCUGGAGUCGGCGUUGGCGGCAAGACUGUACAUUCAACAUGUACAAGGUACUUCUGUCGUUCCUGCUGCAAUAAAUGAGCAAGCAACAUGGUGGGCAUUUAACUAUAGAACCUCCAGCACUUCGAAUGUGUUUGAAAUCUCGGCAGCGGAACUCGGCGUUAACGAUUUUAACAAUUGCGGAAGCUUGGGCGCUGACAUAAUAUUCUUGGUUGAUGGCGCAUCUUCAAUAGGAGCUACAAACUUUCAGCAUCUUCUAGACUUCGUUUUAGCAACUGGUGAAAUUUUCAAUCAGACCACAAACAGAUACGGGUUAACGGUUUUUGCAACAACGAGCACAACGUAUGGGGAACUAUUUAAUGUUACAAGCAGAGAUUUCUUGAACGUUGUUGCUGGUGCGAUGCAGCCACCAGGAGAACCAUCAACAUGGAUCGGGUCUGGAAUACAAACCGUGCUCGAUAGUGGCUUUCAAACUUCCAACGGUGCGAGGCCUUCUUCGAUGGCAAUUCCUAAGAUCCUCGUUCUAGUGGUCGCUAAUCCAAGUAACGACCAACUAUCAUCUGCGGAACUGGCCCAUGCUGCUGGUAUCACAACAUUCGUGGUAGGUACGGGUAACGCGCUCACAUCAGAAAUGAACCAAAUAGCAGAGGACCCUGACGUCACACAUACAUUCCACACACCAACGUUUACAGAACUUUCUCAUUUUUCACAACAACUUGCGAACCAGCUAUGCAGAGUUUCGACCGAAGUUCAAACAAACACAGAAAUUGCGACCACAAUACCACCGGGUAAAAAGUUCACGUUCAAGGUUGCUGUUCUUUCAAGUUCGGACACUGCAACUUUAAAAAUCACUAAAUCUAAAACAACAGCGCAUGGUAUCGUGUAUAUAUCUGGUUCAACUCCAAAUCCAAGUGAAGCAUAUUACGAUCUAGCAGUAGAAAUUGAACAGGGUUCGACGGUUAUUACAAUCGACACUAGCAACAUAACUUUCAAAUCCAUCUCGGCCCGAAGUAAGGCUAGAUAUCCAAAAAGUCACUCCGCAGAAUUAUACGUCACUGUGACGUCAACAGGUGCUACGUCACUGGAUUUUACAUUCAAUGUCUCCAUAUCUGUAUUUGAAAUUCCUGUUACAACGGUUCCAACUGUUGUGGUCGGUGGUGGAGACGAUACAUCGACUGUUGUGAUUUGGAUUAUCAUUGCGAUAUGCGUUUUUCUUUUCGUCUUCUUGAUCAUAGCGUGCAGGUUCAUGUGUGUACCGUGGUUCUUGUUUGGAGGGAAAACAAAGCAAAGAGAUUACCCCAGGAUCGUCAGCCAUGAUAUCGGCACUUCUGUACAGAAUUUGCAAGACUUUCAAAGCGAAAUACAUAUUCUGGAUACUAUGUCGUUGGAUGUAGAGUCUAUUGUAGCAAUACAACCAGAGAGAGAAGUAACACCCAUCUUACUACGAGACGAAGAUCGACAUCAACAGUUAAGACGGAAUUUAGAAAAAGCGAUGGCCGAGGGAAAGAAUUGGAAAGAGAUACAGAGGUGUUUGGAUGAAUUUGAAAGAUCUGUAGCUUUAGCGCCAUGUGGCGAGGAAGACUACGCUCUCUUGGAGGAAGCAAACAAAUUCAUAUUUGAAGAAAAGAAGAGAUUUCUUCACAAGCAGCUAUUGAAGGGCAUAGAACAUCAGGAUUAUAAGUUAUUGAAAAAAACUCUCGAAGAAAUUGAUCAUUCUGACAUGACGCCUUCGAACGAUCACGUGUUCGAUCGUGACGUGGCUCACGCGCGACAUCUUCUGGAGAGAACAAACCAACUGGAAAAGGCGCGAGAAGCUGUGAUGUCUAUCAGUCAAACUAUGAUAUCAGAAAUUCGAAGUUACGGAUCACCACCCGAUGCUGUGAAGUCAGUGAUGAUAUCAACGUAUUUGUUACUUGGGGAAAAUGAGGACACUUUGCAGGACUGGAAAGUGAUUAGAGCCUUACUUGGUCGUAUGGGAAAAGCUGCUUUAAAACGGCGGGUAGUUGAACAAGAAGCAGUUGACAUAAAACCUUCAGUUGCUGCUCGUGUUUCACAAGUAAUUAACGACACCAAUAUUGAUGAAGUUGAAGAUAUAAGCAAGGCUAUAUCUUAUUUCUACGCAUGGUGCGAUACUAUGCUAGAAGAAGUGAAGGACCACCAUAAUAUUGACAACUUUGAUGAAUUCCUGAAGCCAAGCAUACCAGUGGAGCGCAAAAAGUUAAAAAAGAACAAAGUUUCGCCAAUUCCUAUCCCGGUAGAAGCGUUGCUGGGUUCGAAGCCCGUUUCGGCUGCUGUUGAUGCGUUUGGUGAGUUAGAUGACCGAGCCUCCCCGGAAGGUAUUUCAAGAGAAGCGGAGCAUGUGGAGGAAACGAACUCCGGGGGAGAUUCUGAAGAUGACGAUGAUGUUGCGUCGGAAGAAAGUCUUGCAGAGGUGGAAUCUCAAACAAUAGAUGAAGAAGAAAAAGUUCGAAUUUUCCAGAAAAUCAAUUGGCAGAUAAAUCACCUUCGUUAAACGCAACACCAAGUUCGCCAAAUAAUGAUGAAACUGCUGAAUCGGACAGAAGCUCAGAACAGUCUUCAAGUCGGAUAGAAAAGGAAUCAGUUCUGGUGCCAGAAACCGCAUGAAAUUAGUUCUCAUCUUUAUUAUUUUAAAGUAUUAUGACGGUGUGUAUUAAUGUGUACAUGUCACUUGUUCUUAAGUUCGCACGCCUGAAUACAAGAAUUUUGCAAUUGCCA